GCAAUUAUUAAGAAAAUGGAGAAUGGAAAUUGUAAUGGAGUUGUUCGCUUGUUCGUGUUGCUCUUUUUGGUGUAGUUGGCGCCAAUCCGGGAAAAACAAUUUUUAAGUUUAUUAGUGGUUAUGCUAAUAUCACUCUCUUUUUGGUACUAUUACGCGAAUGUGCUUUAUCUUCGUUUAAAUGCACCUGUGCAACGGAAACCUUUGACCUAAUGCAAAAAGACUUAUAUUUUUUUAGGUUAUGGCUCAUAGUUGUGAAGCUGUGCUUUUUAUAAAUAAUAAUAUUCUCUAUAUUAUUAUAUGAUUCAACAUUAGUUAAACUAGUACUACAUUAUUAGUUUAUCUGUACUGUUUUAAUGGCAAGCUCAAAUGAUUAUGAUUUACAACUGGAAAUGAUUCCUCAAGAUAAUAACCUAUCCAUGAGGCAACUGAAUCUUCUUCUUCAACCGGAUCGUGUUUCGUAUGAAUACUAUGAUGAUGGAGGAGGAGGAGCAGGAGGAGAUGAUGAUGGUGUAGGAGGAGGAGGAGAUGUUGAUGAUGGUAGAGGAGGAGGAGGAGGAGGAGAUGAUGAUGUAGGAGGAGGAGGAGAUGUUGAUGGUGUAGGAGGAGGAGGAGCAGUUGUUGAUAGUAAUGGGGUAGAAGUUGGUGCUAGUAGUGGAGGAGUAGUUGCUGCUAGUAGUAGAGAGGGAGAAGAAGGAGCAGGGCCUGAAGAAGGUGAAGAAGAAGGUAAAAAAAAAGAAGGAGAAGAAGGUGGAGCUGAUGUCAACAAUGAUGAUGAGGAUGACGAUUCGUUGGAAAAUGACUUCCAAUCGUCAUCAUCAAGCUGUUCUGAAAUUCCCCCAGCAAGACCUCCUAUCAAACAUAACGUUUAUGGUGGAAUUGAAGGAGUGGCGAUUGGCGAUUGGUGGCUGACUAGUCGCGAGUGCUGGCACGCGGGCGUGCAUCGGCCUCCUAACACGAGCGCCUUCCUCCAUUGCGGCCCCCAAGGCGCCUACAGUAUCACCCUAUCGGAUCAGUGCUCCGCAGAUGAUGUGGACGGAGGCGACAGGUUCACGCUUUCCACAGGUGGCAAGGGAGCCGCUGACACUGGCAGCAACGAACAGACGUUGAGCUUCGACACGGUCACUCUGGUCGCCAGUAAGGAGUCGGGAAACCCGAUUCGUUUGGUCAGAACACAUAAGCUGAAAAGUGCCUAUGCGCCCGACAUCGGAUAUCGUUAUGAUGGCCUGUACGAAGUGGAGAACUACUGGGUGGCGACCAGCUUAGAUGGCGCCACCGUCUACAAGUUCCUGUUUCGACGCCUGGGGGAGCAGAGUGGUCAGGCGCCUCCGCCUUGGCUGGUACACAAGAUAGUGCCGCCGCAGCUGCAUCGCUCUGUCCAGGCCAAGUAUGCGCGCGCAAUCAGCAUUGCUUCAAGGCGGGCUCGUACAGACUCAGCUAGAAGAGUACGAUCAAAAUCUGUGGAUCAUGCCGAGAGCAGAUGGAAACAGUCGACCCGGCAGGUGCAGGAUGAUUUGAUGUUACAGCAGCAAAACGGCGACAAUCAGCUUAAACAGCAGAAGAAACAGUGUCGCAGCUGCGAACAGCUGAAUUCGCAGGAGCAACAGUAUAACGACUAUGAUCAGCUGAAACCGCAGAAGCAACAAAGUAACGGCUUCAAUCAGCUGAAACCGCAGAAGCAACAGUGUAACGACUUCAAUCAGCUGGAACAGCUGCCACAACAGCCAAACACAAGCAGAAGUUUACAGGCGUCGACGUCUGCUCCAAGAGUGAAAAAGCAAUCUCCUCCAAAGAAGGAGAGCAUUAAGCGACAGUUUGUGGAUUAUCCCUUCGAGAUCACGACACAGCAGCAGCAAUUGGCUUUUGCCAGGAGCCAACAGCUAACUCCAGAUCCUGAUCCAGCAGACAUGUUUUUUGAGGACGACCUCUCCUAUCUGAGUUUGAAACAGAAAUUGUACCAGGCGUCAGUGGCUCAGGGACAAGCAGCUACGCCCAGCUUUGAAGCUGAAUUUCUGAAAGUCUGCGAUGAACUGUGUCAAACAUUGCCAGGUGAAGAUGACCAAAACAGCUCUGAAAUGCAACACGUUGCAAGCAGCAAUAGUUCUGUGUUGUCACAUGUUGCAAGAGAAAACAAUUCUCUGUCGCAACACAUUGCUGGCAACAACAGCCCUUUGUUGCAAACCGUUCCAGGCAACAACAGUCCUUUGGUGCAACCGAUUGCAGGCAGAAACAGUCCUGUGUUGCAACACGUUGCAGAAAACAUUUAUGUGUUGCAAAACUUUGCAGGCACAAAAAGUCCUGUGCUGCCACAUGUUGCAGGAAACAGUUCUGUGUCACAACUCGUUGCUGGCAACCGCAGUCCUGUGUCGCAACUCGUUGCAGGCAACAACGGUCCUGUGUUGCCACAGAACAAUAUUAUGCUGCAGCGUCUUGCUUCUAACAAUAUUACUUUGUUUAAACGCGUUGAAGGUAACAAAAUAACACUUUAUCAACGAGUUGCUAAAACUGAAGACAAAAUAACACUUUUACAGCGAGUUGCUAAAACUGAGGAUAUAGACUGUAGCAAACUAUUGGAGCUGAGCGCUGCCUGUAAGGAGCUGACAAAACAUAGUGGAAAUAGUUGCGUGGGACCAUCGCUGGCAUCGGAUAGCACCGAUUGCAGUAGUAAAGUGGGAGUGACACAAGGUAGGCCUAGCACUAGUACUAGUUAUGUAGGACUACCGCAAGGUAGUGGUUACUGUGGACAACCGCAACCAGGUGCUAGUUGUUACCCAGAACGAUCUCAAGCAAGUGCUAGUAGUCACUCAGGACGACCACGAGGUAGCGCUAGUAGUCACCUAGGACGACCACGAGGUAGCGUUAGUAGACACCCAGGACGAUCACGAGGUGGCGCUAGUAGUAGUAGUAAUAGUUACUCCGAACAAACGCCAGGUGGCACCAGUAGAGGCAGCAGAACAGCCGGUAGUUACAGUCGAAUGACACGAGGGGGCGCUAGAUCACGUGGUAGAGGUGGUAGACAGCUGAAAAAUGGCGCCAACAAAACAAAUGAUGCUUUUGGUACAUCAUUAGGUUCCGGCCAUUGCAUGAAAACUUACAGUCGAAGUCCAAGAAGUUGCACCGUUAGUUCUCCACAAGUUGGUGCAAGCUGUAGUAAAGCUAUGCUAAAUGGUGCUAGUUAUAUGGGGAAUCGUUCACAAGGUGACACUAACAGCAGGGCAGCAAUGAUGAAUGGUGUUGGUUGUAGUAGACUGCCUCCUGGUGGUAAAGUGAAUAGUGGUGGUGGUGCUAGUUACCGUAGAAUGUCACAAAGUAGUGACAAAUCAUUGCAAGGUGUCAAUAAUAAUUCUCUAAUUAAUAGCGGUUCCAAUGGGCAGUUCAAAAAACGUUCUGUAAGUUGUAGUAGGUUGUACAAUGGGGAAAGUGUAGAUGAAUCAACAAGCAACAAACGUAGCAGAUGUUAUGCUUCGAAUUUACCAAAUGAUACAAGUGUAAACAAUGACAAAAGUAGCAAAGAACCGGUGAAAAAACGGGCUCCCAGUCGAAAUCGUAUUAAAAGACGUAGAUCAGUGUGUGGUGAAGAAAUGGGUGGUAUGCCACAAAAAAAGACUUCAAUAUCUGAACCACAGGAAGCGCCAACAAUCAUCCGCUAUAAAAGUGUCGGCGAUCUUUUAAAUGCAAUAGUUGGCUUCGAGGACGAUAGCUUUCUACAUGCUACGAAAAAGGUUAAUAAUGUUGGCGAUAAAAAGGAAGAGGAGGAAGUAGGGGAGAAGGAGAAGAAGGUAGAGGAAGAGCAAUCAGUGAUAAAGGACGCUUUUUUAGGGUUCACCAUGCCUGAGAUUCAUGCAUCUGAAAUAUGUUGGAUGAAUUUUGCGGACUUUCUGUUUAGACAUGGCUAUAAAAAGCAUUGGGAGGGAUGGUCUCGGAAUGUGCCUCACCGUUCUCUAAUCGUUAACGCUUUCCUGAUUCGACAGCUGCAGCGAGAAACGGGAACUGAAGGGUGGGGCGAGGAAGAGAGUGGAGAGGAUGAGGAGAAGGAGGAAAAAGAUGUGAGGGAAAGAGAAACAAGGAGAAGGAAAGAAAUUUUAAGUGGAAGGGAGGCGAAUUUGAGUGAAAGGGAAAGAGAUUGUGACAGGGAAGGAAAUAGAAGAAGAGAAUCAUUACGUGGGAGGAAAGGAAAUGAAAAUGCGAAGAAAGGAAAGAUAAAUGAAAUAGAAGAUGUAAGUGAAAGUGAAGAAGAAGUGAAUGACAGGAGAAAAUCAUUACGUGAGAGGACUGGAAGAGUAAGUGAAGGAAAAGAAAAAGAAACUAGAAGGAACGGAAAUGUAAGAGAGAUAGACGAUCAUGUUAGUGAAAGCGAAGAAGAAGUGAAUGACAGGAGAAAAUCAUUACGCGAAAGGACUGGAAGAUUAAGUGAAGGAAACGAAAAGGAAACUAGUAGGAAAGGAAAUGUAAGAGAGAUAGACGAUCAUGUGAGUGAAAGCGAAGAAGAAGUGAAUGACAGGAGAAAAUCAUUACGCGAAAGGACUAAAAGAUUAAGUGAAGGAAACGAAAAGGAAACUAGUAGGAAAGGAAAUGUAAGAGAGAUAGACGAUAAUUUGAGUGAAAGCGAAGAAGAAGUGAAUGACAGGAGAAAAUCAUUACGCGAAAGGAAAAGUGAAGGGAAAGUAAAAGAACGUGAGAAGAAAGGAAAUGUCGGUGACAGUGAAGAUCUAAGUGAGAGUGAAGAAGAAGCAAUUGAAAGGAGAAAAUCAUUACGCCGAUGGAAAAAGAAUGAAAGCGCGGUGAAAGGAAAUUCAAGUGACAGUGAAGAAUAUAAUAUAAGUGAGAGUGAAGAAGAAGCAAUUGAAAGGAGAAAAUCAUUACGCCGAUGGAAAAAGAAUGAAAGCGCGGAGAAAAGAAAUUCAAGUGAGAGUGAAGAAGAAGUAAUUGAGAGGAGAAAAUCAUUACGCGGAUGGAAAAGGAAUGAAAGCGCCGAGAAAGGAAAUUCAAUUGACAGUGAAGAAUAUAAUAUAAGUGAGAGUGAAGAAGAAGCAAUUGAAAGGAGAAAAUCAUUACGCGGAUGGAAAAAGAAUGAAAGGGCGGAGAAAAGAAAUUCAAGUGAGAGUGAAGAAUAUAAUAUAAGUGAGAGUGAAGAAGCAAUUGAGAGGAGAAAAUCAUUACGCGGAUGGAAAAAGAAUGAAAGCGCGGUGAAAGGAAAUUCAAGUGACAGUGGAGAAGAUAUAAGUGACAGUGAAGAAGAUCUAAGUGAGAGGAGAAAAUCAUUACGCAUUAGGAUAGAAAGAUUAAGUGAGGCAGAAGAAAAAGAAACAGGAUUAAAAGCUCAUGCAAGUGGUAUAGAAGAAACAAGUGACAGUGAAGAAGAUGUAAGCGAGAUAAGAAAAUCUUCGCAAGAGAAUAGAAAAAGGAACUGGAAGUGACGGUAAUGAAAUAGAAAAUUUUAGUAAGAGGAGAAAAUCGUUACGAGAACGGAAAGAAAAAGUAAUUAGUAAUCAGAAUUUUUUGAUAAAAGUUACUCUGACUAGUUAAUUUCGAAAAUAAUGUGUUAUUAGUGUUUAUAUCAUAUAGUUGCAAGGUGACUGAAGGUUAAGCCUACAAGUGAACCAAAUGUCUCAUCUUAAUAGUGCGAAUGAAAUCGUUAAUAAUAGUAGGACAACUGUUUUGUAUUAUAAUAAUAUUAUUACUUCAUUCAAGUCUGGUAUUAAAAUGAUAUUUCCUCCUACAACAGUGUGUUUUACUAUAGCUGCAGUGUAGGCCUAAUAAUUUAAACAAAUGAUAAGUAAACUGGUUAGUUUACAGUUGGCUGAUUAAAACCUCUUAUGAUACUAUUACUUUCAUCAUUGGUUUCCUUUCAACAAAUUAAUGCCGACAGUUCAAAGUGUUUUCAAAAUAGAUAUUUGUAACAUAGCUAAAUCCUGCAUUUCAAUGAAUUUCUGUUAUGAUAAGCAGAACCGGAAACUGAAAAACACAUUUGUUAUUAUGGGAGUGUUUACACAUUUGAGUACUGCUGUAAUAAUGUGUUUUCAUCGUCGAAAAAGUUGUUAAUCAACCAGUCGACUGUUCAAAAGUCUAGUAAGCAUUUAACAGUCAUUUAUAUGAUAUAGGUACUUCGAUUUUAGUAUUUAGCUUGUAAUGUUUUGUAUAUCUUAAUUGAAGACUGUUAUUGUUAUCGCGAUUAAAACUAUUGUUAGAAUAUAACGUUUUUAUACAUUUGUAACUGUUGUACCGUAUUGCAACGCAGAUGAGCUCUCAAUUAAAUUAUUUGAAACUAAGUUAAUUGUUUCCUGUAGAAAAUAAUGACUUUUGAUAAUCUACUAGAAGAGGUUAGGAUAUUUCAAAGAAUUCUUUUUGGGUGGGUUCGACUCCAGUCUAGUAUUGCCAUUUUGCUGUUACUCAGAAGACUCUACUUUUAUCCAAUUUAAUUAUUAAAAAUACUUAAUUACCCAAUUCAACUUAAGACAAGCAAGCAUGAAAACAAGCAAUUUCAAUUCUCACAAGUUACCAUGAAACAAUGUUGAAUGGUUUCAAAAGACCGAUUUCCUUCUAUUUAAUUAGUAAAAUGCUAGAUCAGUGCAAAAUUGUUGAAAGUUGUAUUUCAAUUUAGUAUACACAGCUUGAAAACAUUAUUCACCCACAGUGUUUCAAAAUGUCCAUUUAUUAUUUUAGAAUAAUAUUGUCUUCCAUUGUUGAGUCUUAUUCAAGAAAGGUAAUCAGCUUUUUGAGGUGAAUAAGAAUCGAUUUCUUAACUGGUUGAUAUGUUUCAAAUGUAGUUAUGUUAAUUCGUUCAGUAUUGUAUGACAUACCUUCUACAUUGGUUUAUUCUAAAUGCUAUCAUACAUACAUAGAUAAUUGGUUGAAUAAAUUGUGAAUUCUUUAUCAAAAAGUCCAAUUUAUAAGUGACCACAUAAUAUAUGUUAUUGAAAACAUAAUAAAUUAAUGCAUCCAGAUGAAUAUUAUAAAUCCCUGAUAUCUACUCUCGGAUCAACUUAAUACCUAAAGAAUAAUCCUUGAAUAGAGGGACUUGUACCAACAUGUAAAAAACUAUAGUGUAUUAAAAAUUAUCUUUUAAAUUAUCAAAAUACAUAACUGAUCAUAAAAUCUAAAAUAUCUAUUAAUUUCAAUCAUUUUAUAAUAUUAUUGAUGAGAUAAGGAAUCUGGACUAGAGUGAGGUCCACGUUAUAAUGGCAGUAGAGAAAGAUAGGCGAACAACGUUGCCGAACCUCUGUCUUGUUGAUAUAAACGGUAGCUGAUACAUGAUUAUUGAUGUAAUAUUAACUGUUCAUUCUCGUUUAAAAUAAUCAAUUAUAUUUUACUAAGCAAGAAAUUAUAUUUUUUAAUAAUUCCAUAAUGAAUUUUCAUAAUAAAUUAAGAUGAAAUAUUUUGUUAACUAAUUAUUAAUUCUACAUUGUUAAAAUACGAUCUGGCAACAGAGCAAAGCGAAAAAGAGAUAGCGCUAUCCGCUUUGUUGACUGAUAGACAAGGAUAGUAAUGCCAUUGCUAAUAAAACACUGCCAUUAUAACGUGAAGCUCACUAUAGUAGAGAAUGUUUUGUUGUAACAUAAUGUUAGUACAGCUUUUCAAUCUAGUAUAAGUUUUUCAUGUCAUUCAUAAUUUUAUAUUUAUAAAAAACAAUUUUAUAAUGUUAUUUAUAUCAUUUAUCAUUCAUAUAAAGCGGAAACAUUUCAACAUUUUCCUUAAUGCUCUUGAAAAAAUAUCCAUAUUAUUCUAUCAAAUGCUCUAGUAGUGAACAAAACUGUAUUACCGUAAUCUGUUUAUUAUAAUUAUUUACUAUAAUUAUUGUCUUUUGUCGAAACUUUUCAAUAGUGAAGUUGUUACAUCCUACGAAGAUAAUAAUAAUAAUGCUAAUUGUCAUGGAGUGAAAGUACAAAGCUUGUACAGAAUAAUUUCUUUUUGUUAAGCAAUUCACGUAUUUUUUACAAUAAAUAUGUAGCCUACCUAAGAUUGAAA